CAUUCUCCUUAAAAAUGGCGUCUUGUGAACAAAAUGAGCGAAUGUAGCUGUGCUGUGGUGUGUGUGAGCAGCAGCGGAGCAGCUGUCGGUGCUGGAUCUCUGUGUAUGUAGCCUCGCUUAUUAAACUGCUACAGAACGUGGAGCAUCUGUUCUACGACCCAUCAGCUUAACACAGGAGACAAUAGACAGUGAAAUAUAUGGGGAGAGGAGAGGAGGGAGGAGGUGCUCCUGGCUGCUGUGACCCCCCCCCCCCGCCACCACCACCUCGCUCCCUCUCCUCCCUCCAUUCCUACCAGUCUACAGGCUCGUCAAGCGGAGAAAUAAACAGAAGCGAGCGCAGAGAGGAGAAGACAUUCCUCCCUCCCCUCCCCCUCACUAUCUGUCCAUCUUCAUCCAGUCCUUUCUUUCAUGGAGAGGAAUUAUCCCGCUGCAGGCUUCGGAGAUCUAGGGGCUGGGACGGGAUGGAGUUACGACAGAUCGGCCAAAGCAAGCCUCGUGUAUGGGAGCUCCAGGUCAUCCCACCCAGACUCAGAGCUGCUCCACAGGCAAACCUAUGGCACCCCUCACCCCCUCCAGGGCUAUGCAACCAACCACCACCCAGGAAGCUCCAGACAGGGUGGAGCAUGGGGGGCUGCUGGACGCUCACUUGGUUUGUCAGGGCUGUUUGAUGCCAGUCUCCACCAUGCCAGCCCCUCUGGUCCUGACCCCUCCGUCAUGAAUCUGAUUUCAGCUCUAGAAUCGCGGGGUCCACAGCCACCACCAUCUGCUUCUUCCCUCCUCUCUCAGUUUCGCACUCCCUCUUGGCAGACUGCAAUGCACACACCAGCCCCAGCGGAGCUCUUUAUUUCAGGGGCGCUUCCUGGUUCCAGCUCCUUCCCCUCCUCCUCAGCCCUUUCUGCAUACCAGCAUCCUGGCUCCUUCUCUGGACGAUCUUUCACUCCCUCACUAUCCCUGCAGGACACGCCUACAUUUAGCCCGACCUCCAACGGUUUGUUAUCCCCUCAUGAUCCCCUGCUGCACAUCAAAACACCUUCCCAGUCCAGCCUGGGCUUUGAUCGCUUGCUGUCUUCCCAGAGUGCCACCUACAGGGGCUCCCAGGAGCCAACAACCCCUCCUCAGACCCAAGCCCCUCCCACCUCCUCCAGCUGCCACCUGCCCCCUCCCCAGUUCAACCUUUUGUCCUCCCAGCUCCACAACCAGUCCUCCCAGCUGUAUAACGCCUCUAUGUUCUCUUCCACACCAGCUCUGCUGCCCACGGCCCCCCCUCCGCCCCAGCCUCCUCCAGAGAGGGCAGUUUCCCGGCAGGACAGUGUGAUCAAGCAUUAUCAACGCUCAUCCCCAGCGCAGUCCACAACACUGCCUCCACAGCAAUAUACCAGCUGUGGUGGGUCAUCGAGCUACCAGCAGAUACCCAGCCACCACCGGCAUUCUGGACUGUCCUGCAGUCCCCUGGGGGAGCAGAGCCCAUCCUCUGAGCCCAAGCCCUCACCUCGGUUGGAAUCCAAGACAUAUCGACCUAUCAUCCAAACCCCCUACACAUCCUCGUCCUCCAGCUCUUCAGCCCCCUCCUUAUCUGGCACUAAGGGAGUCAAGAGUUCCAGCUCCAGUAGUGGCUACUCCUCUUCAGGCUCAGCGUCAUCCUCUUCCCGCACCCCACACACUCCACCAUCAGCCUCCUCCACCUCUUCCGCGUCCUCUUCUAGUUCCAAGACAAGCACUGGCUCCUUGCCUGCUCCCUCUCGUCAGCAGCUCCCACCUCAGUCAACACCAGCACCACCUGCUUUGCCAGUGGUGUCAUCCAACCUUGUUCAACAGCCAGCACCCAAACAAUGUCUCUCCACCUAUGGCUCUUCACCUGUGGCCAAAUCCAGCACAGGCCAACCAGACCAGACGCCUCCCCAGCAACAUGCCCAGUCCUACUCUCCCAACCAGCCUCCAUCUACACACAUGGCUCAGUCUUAUGGAGUCUUUAAUUCACCUCCUGCCCAGGACCUAAGCUCUGGAGCAGGGGGUACUGGAGGGAAGGCCUUCACUGGUAUAGGCUCAGGAGGACGGUCAUUUUCUGCAGAAAUAGUGUUUGGGGACUCAAGCUAUGGCCAAACCUCUCUUAGAAGAGCAGGCAGUCCUUCCUUAGGAUAUGGGAAUGCUGGAGGAUCAACAGUAACUGGACCCGUAUCAGGAGCUGCUGCGCUUGGCAAUGGAUCAGGAUCAGGGAGUGGGCCUUCUAGUGUUGGUAAUGGAGGCAGCAGCUCAUACCACCUGCCUGAGUCUAGUCCCUCGCCCUCCAUCAGUUCCAAUAUCAGUCGCCCUGGAUUGCACUCUCCUGCGUCUGCUCGCCCUGCACAGUCCCCUGGAGGCUCAGGGGCCACCAAAUACUUGCCCUCCAUCCUAUCACCUUCUUUUAUGUCCUCACCCCAAGGUUUCUCCGAUACACAGCAAGUGCAGAACCAGUCCUACCACUCAACACCGCCCAAGGCAAAAACAGAAACCAAUAUGCUGGGAGUUGAGCGAUCCCAAGAUGAGGAAGAGGAUGAUGACGUUUUCCUUAUCCACCACUUACUACACGCCCAGAGUUCAACUCCUCAUCCUUCCCAGCAUCACCCACCUCCUCAGCAGCUACCCCAGCCGCUUCCACAAGCUAGGGAUGGGGAAGGCAAGGGAGUGACCUAUGACAUGAACAAGAUCUCAGAAGAGCGCUACCACCUUCAGAGUGUCAUUCGUACCAAUAACAUCACCAGCAGUUCAGGUCCUGGAACGGCAAUGGGUGACGCAAGUGGCUUAAACAGUCAGUUGGAAAUAUCACAGAAGAAACAGCAACAGGCCAAAUCGGAGUUGAGCAUAUCAAAGUCCACAGCUGGAGGGGUAGGAGGGGUCACUGACUCUCUUUCCCACUCUCAUACUACCCACUCACAUCAACAACAGCAUGACUCCAUGGGCUCUGUGGUCCAUUAUGGAAGGGGAGACCCCUACAUACAGCACCCACACUCCCAACAUUCCCAUCACACCUCACAUGUGCCCUCACACUCUCAACAACACUCUCAGCAUCCCCAAAUCUCUCAGCACUCUCAGCACUCUCAACACACACCGCACUCUCAACAUACUCAGCACAGCCAUCCCCAUUCCCACUCUCACAGCCACCCUCACAUGGAGCUGAAGAAGCCUUCAGAUGCAAAUGACAAUGCCUACUUGUGUAACACACCAGAUGUGCAGCAGGCUCGGCAAAGCCAGGUUCCCCUCUCUCUAAUAGAUUCAUCGCCAGACCCUCCCCAGCAAUCUCACAUGCUGCAGUCUGUCCUUUCUCACACCACCCACACUAAGAUGGAUCCUCAGCAAGCCCCUCCACAGCAGCAGCAGCAGCAUCCUUUGAGCCAGCAGGUCAUGAUGGGUUCAGCCGGAGGAGCAGGGCCUGCCGGGGUGGAGUCCCAUCCACAGAACCAGUCUGCACAGUUGCAACUCCAGCUUCAGACCCAAGGUAUGGACAACCACUACAGCCUUGGAGUUCAGCAGAGAGAUCAAAGCAGGACCAGUCAGAACUCAGUGUCUCCACUAGACAUGCUGGACCAAUCUCUUUCCCGAACGAACAGCAGAGGCAGUGGAGGAGCUCUGGACAGAACAGGGGUUGGUGUGACUGUUACAGGAGGGGAGGGAGGUGGUGGAGACAGACAUAGACAGCAGCACAGACUUACACCCCACCACCAUCCCCAACAGACAGCCUCAGAUCUCCAUGACUUCCUCUCUGAACCAGAUUUAGGCUUGUCCGCCCCCUCACACCUACAUCACCUCAACCAGCCUCAGGCCCAUGCCCACCCCCAUGCUCACCAUCAGCAGCAAGCACACACUCACCAUCAGCUGGCACACUCUCAGUUAGCUCACACACACUCCCACCGGAUGGCAGCAAAUAUGGUAACUCCCCAACAACAGCAGCAGCCCCAACAAAGAGACCCUGAAACUCUGUCCCACUCCCAGUUAGACCAGCUCAAGCAGCACCAGUUUGACACAGUGAGCCCAGUGGGUAAAGUAGGACAGAAUCAAGUUCAGCAGCAACAGCAGCGCUUUUCAUCUCUGACUUCCAUCUGCUUUCCUGACUCUCUGUUACAUGAUGAAGACCGCUCUUUCUUUCCUGAGAUGGAGGACAUGUUUUGCUCAGCAGAUUACAAGUCAAGCUGUGCUGAGGAUUCUGGGGCAGGACAGGCUGCUCAGGAAAGCCUUACCCAGGGCCAUGGGCAGGGGCAAGACGGUAUGGAGGCCUUAAAAACAGGAGAGGGCUAUGACAUGGUUGGUCAUCACAGUGAUCAAGGCUAUGGACAGUAUUGCCACAGCCUUCCAGGAACAGGAAAUGGCAAUCUACACUUAGACCUUGACUCUAUGAAGACGCACGAGCUUCCCUCCACUGUGAAUACUGACCAACUUGGCCUCAUCCAAUCCCAAACACCCACUAUGGGGCUGAGUUCAGCAGUUCAAGGGGGUGGCUCAGUCAGCAAGAUGAUGGGAGUGGUAGGAGUGGGUGAAAGUCCAAAUACUCCUGGUCUGACCUCACCUAUAUUCUGUUCCUCUCGACCCAAGAAACUGCUGAAGACAAGCUCAUUUCACUUGCUCAAACAGCGGCGUGAGCCGCAACCUCAAACAAAGAAAAACUAUGCGCAGGAGUAUGAAUUUGAGGACGACGAGGAUAAAGCUGAUGUUCCAGCUGAUAUUCGUUUAAACAGUCGACGCCUUCCUGACCUGCUCCCUGACUUGGUGUCUAGCUGUAGGAAGGCUGGGGGGGCAUCAGGAGUAAGUGGGCUCAGUCCACUGAUGGUUGACAUCGACUUCUGCCAUAAUUCUGGCUACUCUUCCCUUGGACACCCUCCACAACUCCUCCCCCAUGAUGGCCCUAAAAAAAGAGGCCGGAAGCCAACUAAACCAAAACGUGAAGGUCCUCCUCGCCCACGAGGUAGACCACGCAUACGCCCUCUUCCAGAGCCUCCCUACUGCAGGGGUCUGAUGGGAUCAGUGGCAGGAGAAAGCAGGAGGGGCCGUGGACGGGGUCGAGGGCGUGGCCGGCGGGAGGAGGUUCUUGUUGAAAUGCAUCAAGAUAUGAACAAAGCACAAAGCCUCCCAUAUCAUCAGCAGCAGCAGCAUCGACAGCAACAGUUCAGCCAUCAGCAGCAUCUUCAACAGCAUUCACAUGAACAUCACAGACAGCAGGUUGACCACCACCAAACAACACAGCAACAGCAACAACAGCAUCACCUGCAUCAUCCACAGCAGCAUGUUUCCUGUCCUCACCACCAACCACAUAAUCAACAGCAGCAACAGCUACAGCAUCAUCAUCAUCAACAACAGCAACCACCUCAGCAGCUGCAGCAAGAUCCAAUCAGUCCUCUCAAGAUCAAACUGCCUGUUCCCACUAUGCCUCCGUCAGAAUCCUUGUUGAGGACAGACUCGCUGUCCAGCACUGAGCCGGUUCUGUCUGAUGGAUCUGUGGGCUCGGCACCAUCUCUGGGCCUGAGUCCUGGACCCAGUGCCGCCAUGGACAUCAACAAAAAUGAGAUGAAUCAGACUCAAGACAAGACGAUGAAGCAUCAACAGAAGGCUAUAGAGAUGACAUGGAAGAAAGAAAUGGAUGAUCCACUGAAUCCUGAAGCCUGGGCUGCUAUGCAGAAACUCUCCAGUUCAGCUGAUGACAAGGCUUUCGAUUUCAAACCUGGCUUCAUGGCCUCUUUUUUGGACUUCUUGAAGACAGGCAAAAAACAGUCAUGCCUUGAACCGGAACAAGAUGGAGCUGAGCAGGAAUCCCUAAACCCCUGCUCCUCUCUGAAGGGAGGGAUCAGGCCCUUAUCCCCACCUUCGCCUCCCCUACCACCAACUCCUCCACAGCAGCCUCCAGAGACAUUCAGUGAGGAAGUGCAGGGCGAGGGGGCGGAGUUGGCUCUCAGCAGCUGUCCAAGUCCCUGCAAGCCACUGGAUGAGGAGCUGAAAAGGAACCUGGAGACGCUGCCCUCCUUCUCCUCUGAUGAGGAGGACUCGGUCAGCAAAAACCAGGACCUGCAGAAGAGCAUCUCAUCUGCCAUCUCCGCCCUCUAUGACACCCCACACUCGCUGGCAGCUGCCAUGGCUUCUGCCAUGAUCAAGGCCCCACCCACCCUCUCCCCGCCUACGCCACAGGAGCCGCCGCUCAGCCCCCCUCUCCCUGCCAUACCUCCCCUCAUCCCCAGUAUCGAGAAUGGAAAAGAGGAGGAGCUCAAGUACACACAGGAUCACAUACAGGACAAGGACAAGCAACAAUCAGUCUCCCUACAGUCAAAUAGAGCAAACACAGAGGAGAGGGAGGCUGAACAAGCAGGAGAUGAGGAAAGAGGGGGGGGUGAGGAGACUGCAGACAAUGAAGAAAUAAUGAGAAGUCCAGAGAAUCUGCAGCAGGGAGCACUGGAGGAGCAGGAGGAGCAGGAGGAGGAAGGGGAAAGGAUGUCUGAAAUACAGAUUUUGGAGGUUCCUAAGGUUGAAGGUUCUCCAUCAGGACCUGUGCUUGCUCCUGCACCUCCAUCCACAUCACCGUCCAUCUCCCCCUCACCCACCGACUCCUCACCUUCACCACUCCCUCUCCUUAGUCUCUCUGUACCCUCCCAACUGCCAGUCCAGCAGGAUGAAGAAGAGCCAAAUCCAACUUAUCCUCCUUCUGAGCAGCAGCAGUCAUCCUACCAGCCCCCUCCGACUGCAGGCACCUCCCCACCCCCCUCCACCUCCCCUCCCGCCAUCCCAUCCUCACCCCUCUCCAACCUUCCCCUGGCCCAGUCCAUCCCCCCUCCAUCUACCACACCUCCACCAUCAUCCUCUGAUCAAGACCAGGAACCUGAAGCUGAGCAGCCUUCCCCCUCUUCACCCACCUCUUCCUCACCGUCUUCAUCCUCUUCGCCACCAUCACCUCCAACCCCGGAAGAGGCCCCAGCAUCCCAGCGUCUUACCUCCCUCCACCUGGCAAAGAAGCAGGCUGACGCCGCCAUAGCUGGGGAGAGUGAGGAGGAGGACAGUGAGAGUGGAGGCGAGGGAAUCUUCCGUGAACGGGAUGAGUUUGUGGUUCGAACUGAGGACAUCGGGAUGCUUAAGAUGGCCCUGCAGACAGGCCGGGAGCCCCCACCCAUCUGGAGGGUGCAGAAAGCCUUGCUCCAGAAAUUCAGCCCAGAGAUCAAGGACGGCCAAAGGCAGUUCUGUGCAACUAGUAAUUAUCUGGGUUACUUUGGUGAUGCCAAAAUGCGCUACCAGCGUUUGUAUGUGAAGUUCUUGGAGAAUGUCAACAAGAAAGAUUAUGUCAGAGUGUGUUCUCGAAAGCCAUGGCACAGAGCCGGUCUCACUCUGAGACGCCAGUCACUACCUAAACAGCUGCCCACCAUUCACAAUCAAACCCCACCUCGAGUGGAGAGAGAUGACAAGGAGAGACAGAAAGAGAGAGAGCUGAAGGAGCAGAGAGAAAGAGAAAAAGAACAAAGAGAAAGGGAGCACAGGGAGAAAGUAGAAAAGGAGCAUAAGGAGAAAGAGAGGAAAGAGAAAGAAGAUAGAGAACAAAAAAAGAAGGAGAAACAGGAGAGGGAGCAGAAAGAGAGGGACAGGAAAGAAACAGAGAAUGCGGAGAGGGAGAAAGGGGAACGAGAGCAAAAGGAGAGGGAGUGUAGAGAAAAGGAAAAAGAAAUGGAAUGGGAGAAGGAGAGGGAGAUGGAAAGGAGGGUGAAGGAGCAGAAAGAGAGGGAGAAAAGACAGAAAGAGCAAAAGGACAGGGAGAGAAGGGAAUAUGAGAGAGAGAUAAAAGAGAGAGAGCUGAAAGAGAGGGAUAGAAGGAAUAGGGAGCAGAGAGAGAAGGAGAAACAGGAUAGGGAAAUGAAAGAAAGGGAGAGACAGGAGAGGGAGUGGAAAGAGAAGGAGCAAAAAGAAAUACUGGAGAGAGAACAGAAAGAAAAGGAAAAACACGAGAGGGAUCAAAGUGAAAGGGAGAGGCAGGAGAGAGAGCAAAGAGAGAGAGAGAAACAAGAGAGGGAAAGAACAGAUAAAGAGAGAGAAAAGAGAGAAAGGGAGUGGAGAGAAAAUGAGAAACAGGUGAGGGAGCGGAGAGAGAAGGAGAAAGAGCAGAAGGAGAGGGAGAAAGAAAAAGAGCGGGAGCAGAAAGAAAAGCAGGGAAGAGAGAGGGAAAAAGAGAGGGAGAAAAAAAGGGAACAGGAGAAAGAGAAAAGGGAGAGAGAGGAGCUGGAGAGGAGAGGUGGCACAGUGGAAUUCUCAAGGUUUAAGGAAGAGAAGAGAGGAGGAGAGAAGAAGAUGGAGCGUCGGUCCAGAGCCAAGAGUUCAAAGGACAAGGCGGAGCCUCCUCCCAAGAAGAGGAAGAAGUGGCUUAAGGAGGUGCCAUUCUCCUCUUCUGAGUCUGACUCCUCUGUGCCCAGUGAUGAUGAAGGACCUGUGCGGGCUGGAGUUAACAACCGAGCCAUGAGGGAGAUGUUCAGGAGCUAUGUGGAGAUGCUGGUCAGUACAGCGCUUGACCCUGACAUGAUCCAAGCACUGGAGGACACUGAUGAUGAAUUGUACCUCCCACCCAUGAGGAAAAUUGAUAGCCUGCUCAGUGAACAGAAAAAGAGGUUGUUGAGGAGAGUCAACAUGAGUGUUCAGCACCAGGAGGCUUUACAUAUAUUCCCCAAAAUGACGGCAGACCCACUGGAAUCUGGAGUGAUCAAAGUUCACCUUGGCGGAGAUUGCUACAACCGCAAAACUCUCAACCGGGUCAAGAGGAGUAUUCCUAAACAACAGGAUCUGAAGGUCUCAAUUGAAACUUGCCGAAUCUACAGUCUGUAUCACUCCCUUCACCACUACAAGUAUCACACCUUCCUGCAUUGCAAGAAGGAGACGGACAGCAUUGAGCAGGCAGCGGAGGACCCUGGCCAGGAGGAGGUGGUGCAGCAGUGCAUGGCUAACCAAGGCUGGCUGGAGAGUCUCUUUAACUCCUUCAUGGAACUGCUGAGCCUAAGUGGCAAGGCCUGAAAGAGAACCAUAGCCCCAGCCACCAAACUCACACACCCACUUGCAGUAUUAAGAAGAUGGAAGCAUCCAGAAUUGGUGAAAGAAAAGAAUCACACUAAAAAAACUGUACGGAUGCUAUAGUAGUGCGAUGGUUUCAGCAAGAGCAGCCACUGCUGGUUUGUUUGUUGGAGGUUUAACUUUUAGGGUGUUUGUUUUAUUAUUGAGUCCAUGUUAAAGUACAUCUUUAUUUCAAGAAACAUAUUGAAAGAUUGAGGCUAGUGAACUACGUGAAUGUGAUGAGUUUUCCUAAAAGGGACCAUAUGAUAAUUUGGUCAGCACUACAAAAGAGAUUUUUGUCAAGAUUUACAGAAUAUUGACAAACACACACAAGUUGUCUAUAAAUAUGCAUUGACAACUGGUUUGUAUAAUUUAUACAAGGACAUUUCCAAAAAUGACCAUCCUAAGAUGGGAUAGUUUGCUGUGAUCAUUUUUGAAAAAUGUUUUAAAGGGAUAUAGAUAAAAUGGCCCACCUGCAAUGAUUUGCUUCUCUCAGAGUGACAGAGGUAAAACUAGGGUUGAGUGAGGUUUAAAAGGACUAUGUGAUAGUCUCUCGUUUCUACCUGCCUUGGUUAGAAAACAUUUAAGACUGAGGGAAAAUGUAUUUAAAACCAAGCUGUGUUUUUUUCUGUUUGUUCUUCAAAAGACAACAACAGAGAAGAUUUAAUGCCUGUAAAGACGUGGAAUGAAAAAAAAUGAAGCACGACUUUCCUGAAGGAAGUGUGAGGUGAAAUGAUCCAAAAGCAUAAAUGUCAGUGUUUAAUGUUAGUCAUUUUUAUCUGUUUGUUGUUGAUUGAUAUUUCCUAUUAUUUGACCUCUCAGAGGAUAUUCUUGCAGAACAAUUUUGUUGUUUUGAUGUGUAAAUAUUGUACAGCUUCUUCAUUCUCUAGUUCCCAGUUGCUCUUCUGUACAUGAAAUUCCUGUAUUUGACAUAAUGAAAUAAAACAGUUGAAAUGACAAAAGUGAUGAUGAAUAAACCAACUUGUGCUCAAGUCCUUUCACUGAAAUCUGAGCAGUGCAUGAGCAAGUCAUGGAUGGAUAAUUGAACGGGCCUGACGGGUCAGGGCCCAGGGGCCCAAAGUGUCAGCCCCCAGCCCACAUC